AUGGCCGGCUUUGACGGCUGGCCGAGGCCGGCCUACAACGCGUCUGUCGAGGGUUUUCGUGAAAGGGAAUAUCCCAUGCUGAAGGACAACGUUUACCUCGACCAUGCCGGUACCACGCUAUACAGCCGCUCGCUGGUCGAGCGUGCGACUGCCGACAUGAUGAGCUCGCUCUUGGGCAACCCGCACGCCGCAUCGCCAUCAUCCCAAGCGGCAUCACUUCUGGUCGAGGAUGUAAGACUGCGAGCGCUACAGUUUCUCGGUGCAGACCCAGCAGCUUUUGACCUAAUAUUUGUGGCCAACGCAACAGCGGGCAUCAAGCUCGUGACCGAGGCUUUCCGUACGCUGCCAGGCGGCGGCUUCGCCUCUGGCGUCGACAACGUCCUGUUUGCCUAUCCAGCACAGUCUAAUAUGGACGGUCAACGGUAUCCGCUGUCGUGGGCAUCAGACGUGAGGACCUCGCCAAACAGCAAUGACAAUGCGGAUAGUCACGACGCAACAUCGCCGUCUCCCCGCAUCUGGACGCUUCUCGAUGCUGCGGCGUAUGCGUCUACAGCUCCCCUAGACCUUCACGAUGCUGUCACAGCGCCAGAUUUCGUCGUCCUCAGUUUCUACAAGAUCUUCGGCUGGCCAGACCUUGGUGCGCUGCUGGUGCGUCGGCCAGCCGAAGCCGUGUUUGACACACGUCGCUAUUUUGGUGGCGGGACCGUGGAUGUAGUGGUGUGCACGACCGAGCAGUGGCAUGCUCGGCGCCAGGCAUCGCUGCACGAGCGCCUGGAAGACGGCACGCUUCCGAUCCACUCCAUCGCCGCACUCGGAGCUGCACUGGACACGCACGCAACGAUGUUCGGGUCCAUGAAACGCGUGGCUUCCCACACAACAUUUCUAGCAGACCGGCUGCGUCAAGGUCUGCUUUCGCUGCACCAUAGCAACGGUGUGGCUCUGUGCGAGAUAUAUGGAAACGAAAGAGCGAGCGGCCGCGGCGGCGGAAACGGCCCAGUUGUUGCGUUCAACCUGCGCAAUGUCCAUGGUGCAUGGGUGAGCUUGACGGAAUUCGAUAAGCUGGCUGCCUUGCGUCGCUUCCACGUUCGCACUGGUGGUGUCUGCAACCCGGGUGGCAUUUCCUCGGCCCUCAAUCUGGCGCCUUGGGAACUGCGUCGCAACUUUGCCAACGGGAUGCGGUGCGGAGACACGGCAGAGGAGGACAUUGUGUCUGGGAAACCUACAGGAAUCAUUCGAGUGAGUCUUGGUGCCAUGAGCACCUUGGCCGAUGUCGAUCAGUUCCUCGCAUUUCUGCACGAAUUUUACUGCGACGCUGGCUUGACAAAGUAUCCUACACUCUAUCCUGCCACUAGAUUGUCCUCCAGUUCUCCACCCAGUCUCGUGGUGGCAUCCAUCAGUGUGUACCCCAUCAAAAGCUGCGGCGCGUUCGCCGUGGCCACCGGAACACCCUGGGAAGUUCGACCGGAAGGUCUCGCCUGGGACCGCGAGUGGUGUUUGGUGCAUCGUGGCACCGGUCGUGCUCUCAGCCAGAAGCAACACCCGCAGAUGGCUCUGCUACGGCCGCAGCUUGACUUUGUUCGAGGAGUGCUGCGGGUAGUAUGGGGAGGAGCCAGGAUGGAAGGAAGGUCGAGCGAGAUUUGCGUGCCCCUGUCGAGCAAUCCGGCCAUGUUUGCGCCAACAUCGUCGAGACCCAUCUCUCUGACGGCAUCUUCCCGAUGGCCGUCUCGCGCAUCCAGAGUUUGUGGCGAGGAAAUUGCCGCUCAGGUCUACACGACUGCGUCCAUCAACGACUUCUUCUCCGAUGUCCUUGGUGUGCCCUGUUCUCUUGCCAGGUUUCCACCUGGUGGCCACGGAAAAAGCAUGCGUCACGCCAAAGCUCACCUACAAAAGCAUCAGGCUGGCCACAACCAUGCACCCCCGUCUCCACCAGAAUCAGACUCGGAUGGAUAUGCCAUCUCUGGACGAGGAAAAAUGCCGACCAGCAGCGAUAGCAUCAACAGCAAGGAUGCACAUGCAGCAGCUAUCCGCAGUCAAACGGCGCGUCGACGCAUCCUGCUCUCCAACGAGAGUCCCAUCCUGGCCAUCAACAUGGCCAGCGUUCGUGCACUCAACUCUGAUAUUCGUGCCAGGAACAGCAGAAGCGAUGAACACUCGUCGACAGACGUUCCACCCGACGUCUUUCGUGCUAAUAUCGUAUUGGACAAUGCCGGACAGACCAAUAUUGCCAGUGGACACACUGCUGCCUAUGCAGAGGAUAAUUGGUCUCACCUACGAAUCGGCAGCCAAUCCUUCCGCAUGUUGGGCGCAUGCCGUCGCUGCCACAUGGUCUGCGUUAACCAGCAGACCGCUGCCCGCGGCGAGGAGCCCUUUGUCACGCUAUCACAGACUCGACGCUUCGAUGGUAAAGUCUUUUUUGGCAUCCACAUGGCCCACGAGGCAGAAGACUACAAGACCAGUAGCACAACGACACUGGAGCAGCAAUGGCCUACCAUCAUGGUGGGUGAUGCUGUUCAGGUGCAGUCGCCAUGA